AGAUAAAAAUAAAGAAUGAGUUCAGAGGAAGAUAACAGUAGUCAUAAAGUUUUAAAGAAGGAGUAUAAGGAUGUAUUGAAAGGGUAUGAGGAACUCCAGAAAUACUGUGAACAACGGAAUAGCUCAUAUGAGGACUUAAAGAACCAAUUCGAGUUGCUUUCGGAAGAGAAGCAGCAGUUAGAAGCAACCAAUAAUUUACUUAACGAGGAGGUGACCAAUUUGAAAGAUGAGCUCGAUAGUCUAAAGGAGAACAAAGAAGAGAUGGAGACAAAGCUGCAGAACGCUACUGCUGAUAAGGAGGCUGCCACUACCAGGUACGAGCAGGUGAUAUCCAACAUUAACCAGCUUGAAGAUGAGAUCUAUUCUCUCCGUAACGAGAACAAGGAGCUUUCAGAGAAGAACAAGGAGUUGGAGACCCGUCUGAACGGCUCCGAAAGCUCUUACAACACGGACAUUUACCACCAGGACGAUCUUGACUCACUCAAGAAGGACCUUGCGUACUACAAAGAGAACUACGAGGCCAUGCAGCGACGCAACGAAGAGCUUUACGAGCAGCUGCGCGCCGCACAGAAACGCGAAUCGGACUUGGAGGUGCGCUUGGGGCCUGGAUACCGCGAUAGCUUCGCUGAAACGUCCGAUGCCGAUACGCUGGAUGAGUCGUUCGAAAGUCGAAUGAACGACGUGAACUCACUGAAUCCUUUGAACCCGCUAAGCGAAUCGAACGAAAUGAAUCAGGCGAAUGAAUCGAACCCGUCGACGAAUCCUUUGAAUGAAUCGAGCUCAUUGAGUCCUUUGAAUGAAUCGAAUCCUUUGAACUCACUGAAUGAAUCAAACUCAUCUGUGAACUCAUCUGUGAACUCAUCUGUGAACUCAUUGAAUCCUUUGAAUGAAUCGAACCCAUCGACGACUCCUUUGAAUGAAUCGAACCCAUCGACGACUCCUUUGAAUGAAUCGACUCCUUUGAACUCAUUGAAUGAAUCGACUCCUCUAAUUGACUCAAAUCCAUCGCAUUCAUUGAACUCUGAGGAUGAGUCGAACGCAUCGAUGAAGCCUCUGAUUGACUCCACUCGAUCCAUUGGAUCCGUUCCAUCCCCUAUGUCGCUGUCUGUCGACCCCGACAAGCAAACACGAGCCACCGACACUUCCGAGUUGAAGGACUCGAUGAGUUCGCUGGAUGUGAGCGGACGCUCGGACAUCCUGCAAAGAGUGGGGGCCAUCCCGCAGAACGGCAUGGAUGGACGCGAGGCGUUGAGUGAAUCGCUGAAUGAAGUCGAUCUCAGGGAGGAAAACGAAGAAGAACUCAGUGAGACGAAGCUGGACAGCCUCUCUUCCGAUGAGUCGGAUUCCAGCCGAAACACAUUGCAGAGCCCUUCAGAAGAGAGAGAUCGAAGAGUGGAGACGCUGAAGAUCGAGAUCGAGGAGCUGAAGAAGAGUCAUGAAAAUCAGCUGAACUUACUGAGAGCGCAGAUGGACCAGCUUCUGGUUAGGUAUAUGGCGAUUGAGCAGAGUUUGUGUGGUGUUUGA